GCUGCAAAUUGAGCACACCAUGCUAUCCCUUCCACCAUGACUCUAUCCUCACGUCCUUACCCGCCGGGAGAGAAAUCUGAACGUAUGUAUUCCUGGGUGGAGAAUCUGAACGCAGCCUAGACUGGACUAUAAUAUUGCUUGUGUCGAUUUGUGUCAUUAAAUAAAAAGCAUUCGGAAUAUACACUCGACAAGCUUGUCCGUAAUACUCGCGUGAGCUGCGGGUCCGUUCGUUUCGCACAAAGUUGUCCGCCCGACCAAUGUCGUCCGACCGAUGAGUGGAAUGGGAGAAAAGAUGGAUGCCUUGACGUUGGGCUCGCACAGGCUGGUCCAUCUUGAUCUGAAGGGCGCGCCGCCGCGAACCUGUUAUUUUGAAAAGGUACACGCCAUUUGUAAACGCUCGAAAGAAAAUUUACAGCUCUUUCCGCUAUUACGAACAUGGGGAGCUACCGGAUUGCUACUGGAGUGGGAAGACACGUUCCCUUACAACCGGGAUCUCUCUCCAAUAGGAAGCAAUGGUCCGAGCAGCUUAACGAGUGGAUACACUAUCCAGGAGGCUAGACAUAUUCUGCAAAUAGCAGGUGACUGCGGUUUAGCAGUUAUCCCAUUGGUACAAACGUUCGGUCAUAUGGAGUUUCUUUUGAAGCACGAUGAAUGGAGAUCGCUGCGCGAAGUGGAACCCUUUCCAAGUUCUAUUUGUCCAUCAAAUCCGAGAACUCUUCCAGUGGUGAAAUCGCUAAUACGUCAGAUUGUUAGUUUUCACCCUGAUAUACAGUAUUUACAUAUAGGCUGCGAUGAAGUAUGGCACUUGGGCCUUUGCUCGGUCUGCACUAAACGAGCUGCAGCCAGUAAAUAUGGCAAAUCAUCAUUAUAUCUAGAACACAUCCUGGCAAUAGCGCAAUAUAUUCAGGAAACCUAUCCCUAUUUGAAGAUCAUUAUCUGGGAUGACAUGCUGAGAUCGAUAGACUUACAGGUUUUGAACGAACAUUACAUUGGCAAAUAUGUGGAACCCAUGGUGUGGCACUAUAAUCCCAGAGACAAUUUUGCAUUACCUGAUGGAUUGUGGGAUAAGUACAGUGUGGUCUUUCCCAAUAUUUGGGCAGCAACCGCGUUCAAAGGAGCUACUGGCUCUGUGCAGCAUAUACCUAUAAUUCGACAUCAUAUAAGUAAUCAUGAAAAGUGGUUGGAAGAAUUGGGAGUUCACGUGAGUAAGGUGCACGAAUUUCGUGGUACAGCAUUCACCGGUUGGUCAAGGUAUGAUCAUUAUGCCACGAUGUGUGAAUUGUUGCCCACAGCGAUACCGUCAUUAGCUCUGUGUCUGAAAGUUUGGCUCUAUGGUUACUCGGAACAAACGCAUAUGCAGGUUGCAAAGAGCUUGGGAUAUAUCGAUCACCCAUUGCACAUAACUCCACAACCCAGGCCAGUCCCGAUUCCUAGUAAUUUGCUCUUUCCUGGUUGGCAAGUAGCUGUGGGCAUGGAAUGGUUUCUUAACUUCAAGACGAAAUUUCACAAUAUCAUCACCAGCGAUCAGAUCAUGACGUGGAUGAAUCCGUGGCAAGUGGCAAACAAUUACACAAAUCCCAUGCAAUUGGAAAACUUAGUACCUGCUUUUACGGAAUUGUUAUUGGAAUUGUCUUCUUUGGAAGGUUACCUGCGAGUUCAAAUGGAAACAAUUUUUUUCUCGUCAACUAGCGAAGAAUGGAUUGGCACCAAUAUUCAGCCGAUGAAAGCAAAGUUAAUGGAGCUGAAACAAACUACAGAGAAUCAGUUGAAGAUAAAUAGUCGUGUGUAAUAGUUUUCUUGUUUGAAAAAAUCGGCAAUUAGUUCCAAACAUAUAAUUAACCAACGAUCUUGAAAAGCAAUCACAAUUACUAAUGAUUGAACGGUCAACUGUUUCUAGUAUGUAGGAUGAAAUUUAUUUUUGUAUAUAGUAAGUCGCUAUAUUUGUCAGAUGUAUCUUGACGUUAACUUACUUAUAAAAAAAGAAAUAUCACUGAAAAAAAUAAAAGGAGUAUAUAUAGUUUUCUAAAAAAGAAAUGAAUUAUUUUAAUACUACGUACAAGAAGUAAGAAAACUUUUGUCGAUAUACGAGAUGCUCUGUGAUAUCUUGGCUAUGAAAGGGUAACUUCGGUUAAAUCACAAACAAUUUUUAAUAGUUAAGAGACAAACGAUAUUCAACCCCUUAUUUUUAUUUCAAAUGCAUGCAAAUAUCAAUUUUAAUGAGCAGAUAUCUUUUCUAGCUUAGAUUAAUGAGAUUGUGAUAUUAAUAGAUUUAAAAUAAAAAAAAAGAUACAUAUACUAUGAAAAAUACAUUUAUGCUUAUAUAUACAGGGUAUCCCAGACUUCGCUGAUAUCCUGUUAAUAGCAAACUUCUGUGAUCAUUUCAAAAAAUUUUAGUAUCAAAAUGUCGAGACUACAAUAGUUUUUAAAUGAGAAGGGUUUAUAGUUGGUAAAUCAAACUGUUCGAAAUUCGUGCCCUUAGGUAUGGCACAUUGCACAAUAGUGAAGGUAUUACUAAAUAUUAAUUUUGCAUAUAUUUUUACGAUACGAGGUUUCAUACCUGAGCGAAUUUCGGACAGUUUGAUUUGCCAACUUUAAACUCUUCUUCUUUAAAAACCACUGUAGCCUUGAUAUUUUAAUACUAAGAUUUUCAUUUUGAAAUGAUUUCAUGAGUCUACCAUUAACGGGUGUCACGCGAAGUCUGGGACAUCUUAUCGUUUGUCGCCUUUUUUAUGUAAAUAGAUGCGCAAUAUGUAAUUUAUAUAUUUACUUGUAUUAGAAAAUAUUAAUAACAUAUUAAUUAGCCUGUGCCGUAUAAAUGUCUUUCAUAUCUCAUCAUACUAAAUUAGCGACGGUAAACUUUUAACUAUAUUAGUUUUAAUAUAUAUCGCCUAUUUUGUAUAAAAUGUCUCUAUUUUUUGUGAAAAACGAUAGUCAUUGGUCUAUGAACGUAUUGUUUAGUAUACGUAUAAAAAAGCAUAUGUAAUAACAUGUAUAAAAUGAAGUAAUUAAAAAUGAGAUAAAAGUAAAUUAAAUUGAGUAGCGAUAUAUGUAUCUUGUGAUGUGGCAGCUUCACUGCCUCGGAACGACAUUCCUUUGCUAUCGCGGAGCGUAAAUUUACGCCUAAGGCCGGUCAUUCUCUAGAAGCGAGUAAAACUCCUGGCGAGGCUGUGUCUACUGCGAGAAUUAUGUUUAAUCGCGAGCAUAUUCUUUUUUUGAUGUACUUUUGACGAGCCACCCAGUAUGGAAUGUAGCAGAAGAGCGAAGACAUUGAAUUUAUAUGUUAAUUUUUUAGAAGUAGGAUUGGGUAAGUUAAUAUUGUGUUCAAUUAAAUUAUAGUUAUUAAAGUUAAUAAUUUAUAAAGUCGAACCUCGAUAACUCGAACCUCUAUAACUCGAAAAUCUUUAUAAGACGAAAAUUUUGUUCAUUUUCUUCCGUUCUGCUGCGGAAAAUCUCUAUAAGUCGAAAUAAAACCUACUUUAACUCGAA